UUGCCCCCUCCCACCACCACACCUCAGCGUUCCUGUGGCCAGGGUCAGAGAAGAGUCUCCCUGCGGACUGGCAGGGAGGUGAAGAUGGGAAAUUGAUUGGUUUCCUAAACCCCUUUUUUAUUUUUCUUCUUCUCCAGGAGGGUCCGAGGACGGUCUCCUGGUAUACCUGAAGCUCAUCGGAGCUCCCCCAGUCCGCCGGCGGUUGUGUGCUUAUGGGGGGGGGGCUGGUAUCGGGAGGGCUCACUCUGGCUGGUCUGGAGCCUGCUCCCGGGCCGCAACUCCCUCCUCCUCCUCCCCAGUGGGUCGGGCUGUGUAGCGGCCUGGGACGCAACCCGGAAGCAAAGCGCAGAAGGCAGAGCUGUUUGAAUAAAAGGCGGGACGGCCAUGGAACGCUGAUCUGAGGUCUGUAAGUACUGUGUAUGCUGUUCCUACUUCCAGAGUAUGGCAAACUGCUAUGGAACCUGAUGCUCCCUCUCUGCCUCCUGCUAAAGAGGCUCAAAAAAAGGUUACAAAACCUCCUCACUGCAUUUCUUGCGCUAAAAGGUUGCCUGAUGAAUAUGGAAAGAAGCUAUGUAAAGAAUGUAUUUCUGAUGUGAUCCAGCAGGAACAAUCCUCCCUUAUGGAUAGUAUCAGAUCUGUGGUUCAGGAAGAACUUGGGGCCGUUGAGCUGCUCCAUCUGAUUCCCAAGACCAGCCCUCUCGCAAAUGUCCGCGUUCUAAGAUCAUUACCUCCUCAGGAUCUGAUGACUCUGAUGAUAAGGCUUCUACUUCCAUGCAAUGGGAAGAUGAUUUCUCUCUCUGAAGGAGAGAUCUAUGAAAGCAACAGAAAAUUUUAUUUUUCCUCUGAAGAAAUGGGUGACUUAUUAAAGGCGGUCAGAGCGAAAAUGGGGAUUGAAGAAGCCCCUAGGUCUCUAUCUAUUCAGGACGAAAUGUUUGGGGGACUUAGAGUGAAGAAAUCCAAGGUCUUCCCCAUGAACGAAAAUAUAAAGAGAUGAUUCUGGAGGAGUGGUCAGAACCAGAAAAACGACUUGGAAUAUCCAAGGAAUUUAAAAAUCGGUUAUUUUUGACCCUUCUCAGUCUAAACUAUUCGAUGAGACCCCUAAGAUCGACGUGCAGGUGGUGAAAGUAAACAAAAAAACUGCUGCCGUUUUGAGGAUGCUGCUCAAUUAAGGGAUGCGAUGGAACGGAAGGCAGAUGCCCUUUUGAGAAAGUCUUGGGAGGCCUCGAUGUAUAACAUUAAGACCAACAUUGCAGCAACGUCAGUAGCUAGGUCUAUGUACUUAUGGCUAGGAGAUCUUGAAAAUCACCUAAGUAAUAAGACUUCUAGGGAAGAAAUCCUGCAGUCCAUCCCGCUACUUAAGUCAGCUACAGGAUUCCUUGCAGACGCCUCGGCUGAAUCUAUUCGAUUCUGUGCUAAAGAGGCUGGACUUUUCAAUGCGGCUCGUCGGGCUUUAUGGAUGAAGUCAUGGUCGGGUGAUAGGAUUUCUAAACAGAAGUUAGUAUCUAUUCCCUUUUCAGGAGAAUAUGUAUUCGGGCCGGUUCUAGACAAGAUACUUGAGAAAGCGGCUGAUAGAAAAAAAGGAUUCCCUGAAGAAAGAUCUUAUAGAAGGAACCAGUCCUUUCAGUCAUACGGUGGACAAAAUAAGGCUGGUAGGGGGAAAGGCAAGUCAAGCCACUGGGCUUAUCCCAAGGGGGUAAAGGAAGAGGUUUCCUUCUUAAGCCCCAAUCUAAAUUUGAAGACAAACAAUGACUCCAUUGUAGGGGGGGGGGGGGGGGGGAGGAGAGUGAAGGAUUUCCUAGGUCCAUGGGCGCUAAUAUCAAAAAAUCCUUGUGCCUUGGAUAUCAUUCGGCAAGGAUGCAAGAUCGAGUUCACCUCCCUCCCCCCUCCAGGAUUUGUCGUAACAAAGAUGCCUGCCAGAUCCUCCAACCUGAAUAUUUUCCAGGGAGUCCAAGACUUGGUGAAAAAGGGAGCAGUAAUCCCAGUUCCCACAUCUCAAAGAGGUCAGGGGUACUAUUCAACCCUAUUUUUAGUAAAAAAGAAGGAAGGAGACUUUCGAACUAUUAUAAACCUGAAACAACUGAACAAGUUUAUUCUUUACAGGAAGUUCAAAAUGGAGUCUCUGAAAUCCAUAGUACCUCUGAUAAAGCUAGGAGCAUUUAUGUGCUCGUUCGACCUGAAAGACUCUUAUUUGCAUGUUCCCAGAUCACCAGAGAUACCUAAGGUUUGCGAUCCUAGACCCUUUCAAUCAGAUUUUCCAUUUUCAAUUCAUAGCGCUACCCUUCGGGAUUUAAGCCGCACAAAGGCUGUUAACCAAACUGGUGAUAAAAAUGAUAGCUCCACUCAGACAAGAAGGGUUAAAUAUAGUGCCGUACCUGGAAGAUUUUUUAAUUAUAGCAGACUCAAAGGAGCUCCUACUGUCAGAUUUGGAAAUAUUUUUAUCCCGUCUGUCACAGCUAGGAUGGAUUGUGAACCAACCCAAGUCUGUUAGUGCCAUCCACGAAGGUGAAGUUCCUAGGGGUUACUCUAGACUCCCUAACACAGUCGACCUUCCUGCCACAGAUCAAGAUCCAGUCCCUGGUAAGCAGGG